AUGUCCCAAGUCGAGACCGUGUCCUCCUUUGUGGAGGGCGCUCCCCCAGGCGAGCUCGCAGAUGUUAUUGCAGAUAUCAAGUCUCUCACCGUAUCCGACCCUGAGAUCGUCUCCAGCCUCGAGCCGGCGUUUGAAAAGUACAACGAGGAGCAGUUCGUCACGGUGAAGCUGCCGGGCGGGAGCCAGCAGGUCAUUGUCAGCGCCCACAGCUCGCUCGGCGACGGCCAGUACUUUGACGUGGAGAGCUCCACGAGCUUCUCCUUUGACCACACCACACAGAAGGCGAGCAACGUGCAGAGCUACGUUUUGGAAAGUGCCAACUCGGACUUGAUCAAGUCGACGUUGAAGAGCCUCGGCCCCUACGUCCAGGAACACUUCCCCAACGCAGCCUACGGCGUCUACCCGACCGAGAACGAUUCCAAGGUGGCAGUCAUAAUUGUCUCGAACAAGUACUCUCCCAACAACUUCUGGAACGGCCGCUGGCGAUCCGUCUACAUCUUUGACCCCUCCUCCGAGGCCCUCGAGGGCUCCGUCAAGGUCGACGUGCACUACUACGAAGACGGCAACGUCCGGCUGCUCACGAGCCGGCCCAGCCAAGCGUCCGUCUCGUCGGGCACGGGCGCGGGCAUCGUCAAGGAGAUUGCGGCGUCGGAGAAGAAGUACCAGGAGGAGCUCAACAGGGGGUUCACGAGCCUGAGCGAGGGCGCGUUCAAGGGCCUGCGACGACAGCUGCCCGUGACGAGGCAGAAGAUUGAGUGGGACAAGAUUACCUCGUACAGGCUGGGCCAGGAUAUUGGCGGUGGCCGGAAAUAG